CAGACCAAUUGAUUCUUCGGGUUUUAUCAGUUAAAUGUUUUAUUUGAAAAAAGACGAUUAGUACCCGGCGGAGUUAGAGGAAGAAGCGUGGGCUGUGCAACCCACUAUCAAAACGCCAUUUCACACUUGACUACUUCAAGAUUAGAGUCACGGGCGGGCAAGAAGGCGUUUUGGGUGUUUUGUCCAAACAUUCUGAGCCCUUGUGCCAGUGGCCAUUUGAUGCCUCGAAGCAGGGGAAAAUGACAGCUAAAGAUUGGGUCUUGCUGCGGUUAGUGUUGAUUAUGGUCGCUUUUCAGCACAUUCAUUGCGGCUCAGUUUCUUAUGACGGAAAAUCUCUCAUCAUCAAUGGCCAAAGAAGGAUUCUUGUUUCUGGGUCCAUUCAUUACCCAAGAAGCACUCCUGAGAUGUGGGAGGACCUCAUACAGAAGGCCAAAGAUGGAGGCUUGGACGCCAUUGAUACCUAUGUGUUCUGGAACAUCCAUGAACCCACACCUGGAAAUUAUGAUUUCGAGGGAAGAAACGAUUUAGUUCGAUUCAUAAAGCUAAUCCAGAAUGCGGGGAUGUUUGUGCAUCUCCGCAUUGGGCCUUUUAUCUGCGGAGAGUGGAAGUUUGGGGGGAUCCCUGUUUGGCUAAAAUAUGUCUCUGGUUCAACUUUCAGAUCCAAUAGUGAACCUUUCAAGAGGGCGAUGCAAGGUUUUGUCCAGAAAAUUGUUCAAAUGAUGAAAGAUGAAAACUUGUUCCAGUCACAAGGUGGUCCCAUCAUUCUCUCUCAGAUUGAGAAUGAGUAUGGCUUAGCAAGCAAGGCGUACGGGGCUGCGGGCCAUGAUUACAUGACUUGGGCUGCAACAAUGGCGGUCAAUCUGAAUACUGGUGUCCCAUGGGUUAUGUGUAAGGAAGAUGAUGCGCCGGAUCCCGUGAUAAAUACUUGUAACGGGUUUUAUUGUGAUUAUUUUACCCCUAACAAACCUUACAAGCCCAUAAUGUGGACAGAGGCAUGGACUGGCUGGUUUGAAGAGUUUGGAUCCGCGAUUCACCAUAGGCCAGUUGAAGACCUCGCCUUUGCAGUGGCCCGGUUCAUCCAAAAAGGAGGCUCCUUUGUAAACUAUUACAUGUAUCACGGUGGAACCAAUUUUGGGAGAACCGCCGGAGGCCCUUUCCUUACCACUAGCUAUGAUUAUGAUGCUCCCAUUGAUGAAUACGGUUUAACUAGACAGCCAAAGUAUGACCAUUUGAAGGAAUUUCACAAGGCUGUUAAGCUAAGCGAGAUAGCUUUAGUUAAUGGUAAUCAAACUGUCAUACGAUUAGGAAGCUACCAAGAGGCACACAUAUUUAGUUCCACGUCCGGAGGUUGCGCUGCUUUUCUAUCAAACUUCCACUUGAAUUCGUCAGCCACUGUGACAUUCAAUAACAUGCACUAUCAGCUUCCACCUUGGUCAGCCAGCAUUCUUCCAGAUUGCAAAAAUGCUGUCUUUAACACUGCCAUGGUGGGAGUGAAGACAUCUGAGGUGCAAAUGUUGCCUGCUGAUAUGCCCACACUCUCUUGGGACACAUUCACUGAAGACAUAUCUAAUUUGGAUACUGAUUCAAAGCUUACCGUUAAUCGUCUGUUGGAGCAAUUAGAUGUCACCAGGGAUAGCAGUGAUUACCUUUGGUACAUCACCAGGUAAGGGUGCCUUUCUUAGGCCGAGUUUGGAAUGAUCUGGUGGUUGGGAUCAGAUAAAAUCAUGUUUCGAGUGAUAGUCAUGGUAUAUGGAUGGGGAUUUUAUGACGAAACUGAAUCUCCUUUAUCUUUUUUUUAUAUUUAUUAUUCCAAACAUGGGUAUCACACCCAAGUCCCGGGUGACCUCUUAUUCCAUUGAGGGAAUAAGACGCCAUUUUUCAAACAAAGUUAGAGUUUAGAG